AUGGCCCAAGGUCCAUUCCAUUAUGAGCAGCGACGCCUGGAAAACGAUCUAGUUGCGCUCGAGAUAUUUGACCCAAGCGUGCAUGCAGCCCAGUUUGUCGAAGCGAUCCCGCACAUCUCGACAUAUCUCAUCCUCCCAGUCAUGAAAUCCGAGGCCGACUUUAUGAACGAGCUGUACAAUAAAUACAUCCAGCCAAUGCCCGACACCUGUCUAUACGCCAUCAUCAACAAGUCCGCCACACAACCAGAGACUCAGAAAUAUGCGGGCGUAAUCAGCCUCAACGCGACAAACCCAACCAACGCCGUCACCGAGAUAGGCGUCAUGAUCUUCCCCGCAUCGCAGCGCACGCACGUCGCCACCAACGCGAUCGGCUUGCUGCUGCAGUACACGCUGGAUCCGCCAUCUGCCGGUGGAUUAGGAUUGCGUCGCGUGGAAUGGAAGUGUCAUGCGGGAAACGAGGCAUCGCGGAAAAUCGCGUUGCGUAUGGGCUUUGAGCUUGAGGGAAUUGCGCGCUGGGAUCGAGUGUUCCCCGGCGGCGCGGUGGUGCUGCCUGUGGAUGCUCUUGAGAAGAGAAAUGGGACAACUGGAGAAGUGCCGGGGAGGCAUACGGCUAUCUACUCGAUUGUCUGGGAUGAGUGGGAUGAGAAGCGUCCCCAAGUCGUGGCGCAGAUGGAGCGGUUUAGAAGGUAG